AUGUAAACAACACUGAACCUUGAACGCGUUCCCAUCUCGCGGUCGGUGCAUCUUAGAAAAACACGUGUCCUUACAUUCUGAAUCGUUCGGCAAAUCGGUUUACAACUCUUUUGUGGUGAUAGUGUCUUGUGUUUGUCGGAAGUUGGAAGCAACAAUGGUUGUACCAGAAGAAUCGCCGCAGCCGACGGAGCUCCCAAACGAGGACUUUAUGACGAAUCCUUCGCUGGCCAUGGACGCUUGUUUCACCGCUUUCGAUAAGGAUGGAGACGAUCGGCUGUCGCUGAACGAAUUUACACUCAUCUGCCGGGCGCUGUUUCGCAACGAUAAAGGUCACAUCUAUGUGGUGCCGUCGGACCGGCUGGAGCAGAUGUUCGCCGUCUUCGACAAGAACGAGGACGGCUACAUCGACCGGGAGGAGUUUCAGUUCUGCUGGAACCAGUGGAUUAAGACGAUUGUUCGCCCUAUCAGUGCAUUCCUCAUAGUUGAUGUGCAGAACGAUUUCAUCAGCGGAUCACUCAACAUAAGCAACUGCAGCGCACAACAGAACGGCUUGGAGGUGAUCGAGCCCAUCAAUAAGCUGCUGGAUUCGGUCGACUUCGAUGCGGUGUUCUACUCCCUCGACUGGCACCCGAGCGAUCACGUUUCCUUCAUCGACAACAUCAAGCAGCGCCCGAUCCAUCCGACAAGCCCGCUGAACGCCGACAAUGCGCAGGUGUACGACACGGUUAUCUUCGCCGGACCUCCACCGAUGAAGCAACGCCUGUGGCCCCGGCAUUGUGUGCAGGACUCGUGGGGUUCGGAGCUGCAUAAGGAUUUGAAGGUGCUGGAGCAUGGGGUGAAGGUGUACAAGGGUACCAACCCGGAGGUGGACUCGUACUCGGUGUUCUGGGACAACAAGAAGCUCUCCGACACGACGCUAUGUGCUCAGCUGCGGUUGAAGGGUUCGACCGACAUUUACGUGUGCGGCCUGGCGUACGAUGUUUGCGUUGGUGCAACCGCCAUCGAUGCACUAUCUGCCGGCUAUCGGACGAUACUGAUCGAUGACUGCUGCCGGGGGGUCGAUCUGAACGACAUCGAGAGCACCAAGCAGACGGUGAUUUCGAGCAAUGGCGUCAUCGUUUCAUCCCGUGAGGUCAAAGCCAUGGUCGAGGGACGCGAUCGACGUCCAGAGCUCGGCUACAAGCUGGCGAUGGAGCUGAAGAACUCCGAGUCGGACCUGUCGAAGAACAAUGCCUGCAGGAGGCAGUCGCAGCACCAGCAGCAGCAGCAACAGCAGCCCUCGCAGUAAAAAAAAAGCAAAUGCUCUCGAACCCGAACGCGUCCGCUUCAUUCCGCCAGCAGCUAGCAGCAUGCCCGAGACAGCAAGGAGCCAGCCACCGGUUGAAAUGGUCCCAUCUUAGGUGGGGAAAAUGUUGAUGAAAGUGAUCAUAAGAAUACGCUCUCUUUUCUACGGUUAUUUGUUAUAUCUGGCGUUCUGUUGCAUUUAUUGUUUAACUGUACUUCACCAAAAAACUAGAUUUUUCCUUCGCAUUCCCGGUACCGUGGAGGUUGUAUCCGAGAUGAGUUCAUUUUUCGUUUCACGGAUAGACCUAGAAGCACACAGUAUAAAUA